GAGAAGAGAUUGUAAGACCAAGGCAGCAGGCAGGCUGUGCGUCAGCCGGCACUCCAUAGGGAAACAUGGAGACGAGCAGGCGAUGCUGAAGAGGACAGAGCACACCUUAACAGGAUCAUAUAGAUGGAUGGUAUUUCAUCAAACAGGCAAUCUGAAGGCAGCCCACGCAGAGGAUAAACCACUUAUGGACGCAGUGGAUUAAAGACCUACAGACAGACUGAGAGAGAGAGGAAGACGGGGAAUAGAAGAAGAGAAAUUAAUCAGUUCAGUUAUUUAUUUUCAUUGUCUGUGUGUGCGCACUUUCUGUCAGAAGGAGUGUGUGUGCAUAUGUGUGUGUGCCUGCAUAUAGAGUAUGCGUGCAUAAGGCAGGAGACUGCAUUGCCGCUCUCCGGCACCACAGGACAGACGAAACGGGCAGCCGAGCAGAUUACAUUCUGUGUUUUUCCCAUUAUUUCUGUCUCUCUCCCUCUCUCUAUGCAUGUGUGCGAUCCCUGGCUGUGCAGCAAAGCGCAGUAUAUGUGUGUGUGUUAAAGCUGAGAAUGAAGUCUGGCGUGAGCCACAGAGUCUCACUUUAAAUAUUUUUGUCUGAUCGUCAACAACAGACUUGGAGAAAAAGAGAAAUCUGAGGAGGAGAAUCUUUUUUUUUUCCUUUUUGUUUUUUUUUCUUUUGUCAGUUAUCAUGUCACCGCUCCAGCUGAAGCUUCUGUGCUGAUCAGGGUGGCGUCUAUGCUGGAGGCUCGGAGGUUUGAAGGGCUGCCACCGGGGAAACUUCUCGGCUCUACACCCCAGAGAGGUGGAGGCAUCAUCAGGUAGGAGGUGGCAGAUUGAGUGGGCCUGAGCGGAAGGCAGGCGAGAGAGUAGGAGGAAGAGUUCUGCGUUUGUGCCGUAGACUGUGUAGGCAGGCCGAUGGCAGGCCGGUGGAGCUGCCUCAUGGAUUAAACUUCUGCUGAGGGAGAAUAAUGGCAGCUCUGGCCCUACUCUCCUCCGCUCUCACCUGGAAAGGCCACAGAGAAGCUGGAAAGUGCUAGCCAAAGCUACAAAGAGCCCACUAAGAGGAUGGAGUGAACAGCAACCUGCUACCUUUCCCCAACAGGCCGGGAGAGCCCUGACACAGCUGUGAGGGGCCACGUUUUUUUUUUGUUUUGUUUUUUUUAGUCCACCUUAUUUCCACUUCUUCCACACUAAGCUAGUGGGAAACUGAAAGUGGCCUAUCUUGAUUUGUGUGGGAGUUCACUCCCUCCCACUCCCUCCUUCACCUCCUUACCCCUACCCUCACCAACCUCCAAACUCCGCUCCAUGGAUUGGUUCUAGCACCAACCUGUCCUUUUUCCUUCCUUCUUUUUUCUUUUCUUUUCUUUUUCUUUUUGUCGAGGCUUCAGGGGAAUUGCCAAGACCUGUUUCAUGCAUGUCCACUGGCGGCAGGUUCAACUUUGACGAUGGGGGGUCAUACUGCGGAGGGUGGGAGGAGGGCAAGGCGCACGGUCACGGGAUCUGCACUGGACCCAAAGGCCAGGGCGAGUACUGCGGCUCCUGGGCCCAUGGGUUUGAACUGCUGGGUGUCUACACUUGGCCCAGCGGGAACACCUACCAGGGCACCUGGGCUCAGGGCAAGAGACACGGUGUGGGCGUUGAGAAUAAAGGCCGCUGGGUGUACAAAGGCGAGUGGACGAAUGGCUUUAAAGGACGCUAUGGCGUGCGGGAGAGCACGGGGACAAGCGGGAAGUACGAAGGGACGUGGAACAACGGCCUGCAGGACGGAUACGGAACAGAGACGUACUCGGAUGGAGGUGUGCCACACAGCCUUGGUGGCAGCAGCGUUCCAGAUUGA